UGACUUUAUCGAAAGAACCAAGAAUAAUAAUUUCCUGUUUUGUAGCCAGAAAAAAGAAAUGGGGGAAACAUUUUCUCAGUAAUAAUAGUUUGUUAUCCUUUCUGGAUGUGACGUUAAGAUGUGGGGGGGGGGGGGGAAGAGCUUCAAAGAUUUUCUGAUUUCAACCGCGGGACGAGCAAAUAAAUAAAUAACAGUGCGUAUCGCGGCCUGUAAAAAAAUCGAAGUCGAUUUUCUUUGGAUCGAUUCCUCAGCCACCAACCCCCUCGUCGACUGCAACGGCGGAAUUGAAAGUAGCCAUCAGGUCCAGCCAACAGGAAUCGAUUCAACCCCCCCCCCCCCAACGUUUGAAGGGGAAUCGAUUCAAACCUCCCAUGGUGUUUGUCGCCCGGAUCGAUUGGCCAUGGAUGCCGUAAAGAAAUUAACGCAUUCUAAGCCGCAUCAACAUCAACAACAUCAACAACAACAACAACAUCAUCAACAACAACAUCAACAACAUCAGAGGCUUGCGCAAGUCACCGCUAAAGGGCUCAAGGCUGUUGGGGCCGGCACCGGCGUGAGGCCACCGCCGGUUUCCCGGCGUCGCUCCUCAGCCGCUCGGCCACACCACCUCACCAUUCACGGGCUGCCCAGGGAGGUGAUGCUUCAGGUGAUGUCUCUGCUGGACGUGCCGGCCCUGCUGCAGCUCUCCACUGUCGACCGCCACUUCAGGGAGCUGGCCAGUGACAACGGGCUGUGGCGCACGCUGUACCAGAGACAGUCGCGCUUCGUCACGGGCGCGCCACGGCGCUCGGGACAGCCUGCGGGACAGCCUGCGGGACAGUCUGUGGGACAGCCUGCGGGACAGUCUGUGGGACAGCCUGCGGGACAGCGCUCGGGACAGUCUGUGGGACAGCGUGCGGGACAGCCUGGGCGACAGCCUGUCGGACAGCGUGCAGGACAGUCUGUGGGACAGCGUGCGGGACAGUCUGCGGGACAGCGUGUGGGACAGCCUGGGCGACAGCCUGUCGGACAGCGCGUGGGACAGUCUGUGGGACAGCCUGUGCGACAGUCUGGACGACAGCCUGAAGGACAGUCUGUGGGACAGCCUGCGGGACAGCCUGAGGGACAGCCUGUGGGACAGCGCUUGGGACAGCCUGGACGACAGCCUGUGGGACAGCCUGUAGGACAGCCCGUGGGACAGCCUGCGGGACAGCCCGUGGGACAGCCGGCGGGACAGCCCGCGGGACAGCCGGCGGCGGAGCAGUCGGACAGCGCCGGCCACUGGAGGCGCUUGUACCUGAGGUCGUGCCAGGAGCGGUUCACGUUGGCCAUGAGGCGGCUGCGGCAGAAGCUGCCGGUGAACGAGUGCACGGGCAUCCCCGCCGGCCUGCACGGGGCACUGUGCUCCCUACGAAUCCGCUGGUGCCUGCAGCUGGACCUCCCCGGGGGCCGCUCCCAUGAGGUGGAGGUUGAGGCCGGCGCCGGUGGUGCCGGUGCCGGUGCCGCCGGCGGCGAUGGCGCCUGGCGCCUGCGUGAGUGCGGUGCCUCGGUGCGCUUCGCCGCUCACCGCUGGCCUGCCAGCCCCUCGCGCCUGCGUCUCUACGCCCUCGUUCCCGCGCUGCCCGAGGGGCCCCUGUGCCACCGCUCACUGCUGGGAGACUGGCACCUCAAGGCGGCGCUGUCCGCUGUGCCGGGGCCUCACGGCGCCCUGCCGCUGGCGAGCACCAGCCUGGCCCUGCACGCCCUUCACACUGGGCUCAUCGUGGGUGUGUGGAAGGAGGGGGGCGACGUCGCCUUUGUGGAGUGGAACGCGCCGCUGCAGACGCUGCUGCAGCGCUGUACCUCUGGCACCACCUCCAGGGCGUGGGUCCCGUCCCUGCCGCCGCCCGUCCCCAGCGAUGUGGACCCCUUGCAGGGCCUCUACGGCUACACGGCCAUCGUGAGCCUGCACAGCCGCUCACGAUGCUGCUUCUACAGCGUCUACAGCGGCCUCCACUGCCACCCCGGUACCCUCACGGUGGACACGCUAUGAG